CUCAUGUUCCAUUCCAAAAGCUUCCCCCAGCGGCCAAAACACCCUCCGAGCUCUGCAGCGACCUGCUCUUGCGAUCGACGACUGCUUCGUUCCGAUCCCCUCAAUUAACUCGAAUCCGGCGAAACUGAUGGACUUCGGUGGCGCGCUGCAGCUGCCGCCGGGGUUCCGGUUCCACCCCACCGACGACGAGCUGGUGAACUACUACCUCCUCCGCAAGUGCGGCGGCCUGCCCCUCGCCGCCCCCGUCAUCGCCGAGGUCGACCUCUACAAGUUCGACCCAUGGAACCUCCCAGAGAAGGCGAUGGGAGGGGAGAAGGAGUGGUACUUCUUCUCGCCGCGGGACCGCAAGUACCCCAACGGGUCGCGCCCCAACCGGGCGGCGGGGGCCGGGUACUGGAAGGCCACCGGCGCCGACAAGCCGGUGGGGUCGCCGCGCCCCGUCGCCAUCAAGAAGGCGCUCGUCUUCUACGCCGGGAAGCCGCCCAAGGGCGUCAAGACCAACUGGAUCAUGCACGAGUACAGGCUCGCCGACGUCGACCGCUCCGCCGCCGCGCGCAAGAAGACCAACAACAACGCGCUCAGGCUGGAUGACUGGGUGCUGUGCCGCAUCUACAACAAGAAGGGUGUGAUCGAGCGGUACGACACGGUGGACGACGACGAGGUCGCCGCCGCGGCCGCCGACGACGUCAAGCCGGCCGCGGCCAAGAACCCGCGCGGGGCGGCGGCGCCGAUGAAGGUGGAGAUGGCCGACUACGGCGGGUACUACGACGACUACGACCUCGAGACACCGUCCGCGGGGAUGCUCUGCUUCGAUCGCCCCGGCGAGGCCGCGGCCAUGGUGCCCGCGCCCGCGCCCGCGCCGGCGGCGCUGUCGCCGACGGAGCCCGAUCCGGACCGCGACUCCAGCUCCGUGCCGUGGACGAUGCACACGGACAACUCCAGCAGCGGGUCCGAGCACGUGCUGUCGCCGUCGCCGGACCUCCCCGACCGCGACCACGCCGAGAGCCAGCCCGGCGGCGGGGCCGGGUGGUGGCCCGGCGGCGACUGGGGCGGCGCGGCGGCCGACGACGGGUUCGUGGUCAUGGACGACUGCGGCAGCGCGCUCUUCGGUCCGCCGUCGCCGGCGCUCUUCGCACGCGUCGACGCCGCCGCGUUCGGGGACAUGUUCGCGUACCUGCAGAGGCCGCCGUUCUGAACUUCUGAUCAGGGAACGUGAAGCGUGCGCCGCCAUGCGUGCUCCAGGCCACUGACCAUGGUCGAUGUCCAGGUCGUCUAGCUCGGUAUCUGCAGGUGAAAUCACGAGCCGGUCUAGGUGUAGCGCAGCGAAGCCGAGAUCACCAUGGCACUCCCAGAGGCAGUUCAAAGGAGAAUUGGGUGGAUCAUCUGCCCGAUCGAUCAGCGGUCGGGUGUCCAGUUCACCAUUCAGAUGAUCAGAUCGACAGUUGCACACGAUCUCUGCACCUGAUCGCGCCAUUGCUCUUGGGAAGCUGCCACAUGGAAAUGGUGCCAAGGAUGGUAGAUGACUGGUGAUCAUCGCUGAUAGAGAGCUAUGCUAGCCGUCGGAUCGGGUCUCGAUUAAUCUAACCCGUUGGUUUUUUUGUCGUGUUAAUUAGUAGUAGCUGACAACUUGACAUGCCUAGUGAAUUCAGAAACUAAUAAGCAACAAAAAUCAUAAAGAGAGAUAGAGAAAAAGAAUUUGGAAAUACAGGUUUUGGAUUCAGAGGCUGUUGAUGGUAUCAUGUAUGUAAUCUAGUGUAGCCUAACUGUACUUAGAAUUGGGUUCAGGUUGGUGGCAAACAGGCAGCGCUGUAGGUUUUUGUCUAGCGUAUAAUUGCAAGUGUCAUGUGCUAGAGUCGCUUUCAGUGGGUCUCUUUCUCGUGACCAUGCACGGAAGCCAAAUUUUUGUAACGCAAUUAUCGGUAAUAAAGUGUCGUAAGCUGUAAUUACAUAUU